AUUUUGUAGUUGUAAUGCCUUUAUAACAUUGGGUUGUAGAAGAUUUUAUCUUGAAGGCGGAGCUUACCGGAACUGUCAAUCAUGAAGUCAAUGGAGCAUAUCCUUAUACUUGUUUUUGUAAUCUUCAUCUCAGAAAUCUCAGCUGCCAAAUUUGUUAAAUCUCCGACAGAAAUAACAGCAAUUGAAGGAGGGAUGGUCAUGUUGAGAUGUCGGUUCACUGAUGGCAACAGUAGACUAAGACGAACAUGGACUAACGGAACCUCAGUAAUUUAUGCUGACGCGACAAAAUAUUCUUUCGAUCCGCGGAUAACGUUAGACGUGAAUAAUGCUCAAGAAUACUCAGUCCAACUGAACAGAAUCACAGCUUAUGAUGAAGGCAAAUACACUUGCACACUCUACCAUGGAAGAGAGAUGGAAAUGUCAAUCAAUUUGAAAGUAAAUGUACCUGCUCGUUUUACCUCUCAAGUGUCUCAAGAUCUUAUUCUUGAUGAAGGAGGAAAAGGUGCAUUAACAUGCAUGGCCACAGGAAAACCGGAACCUAAAAUAACAUGGAGACAUUUAGUGCCGUCAGCGGAUGGGAACAGAGGUACCGGGCCACAUCUUCCAUUGAGUGGGAUAACUCGGGAAGGAGCGGGUAUCUAUGAAUGUACGGCUGAUAACAAGAUUGCUGCUCCUGUAACUCAUAGAAUCAGAGUCAUUGUUAGAUAUCCUCCAGAACUAAAUAUGUAUAAAACGGACAACGACGUCUCACAAGCUCUCGGUCAAGAAACGGUUCUGCAAUGCACGACAUCUGCUGUACCAGUGCCUUCUAUAACAUGGCAUCACUCGGGAUAUGUAUACGAAGGUAAAAGACCAACAAACCGGAUUCGUGUUCUGAAUAUUAAGCAAGGGAACACUGUGACUUCCAAACUUAUAAUCAAGCAAGUUGCGCUCGAUGAUUUUGGAAAUUUUGUCUGUGUUGCGACAAACAGGAUGGGAACUAUUAAUACCACUGUCGUAUUAAAAAGGGUUAUACCAGAGGAAACAAGGCCACCACCCCAUGUUGUGUUUGCUGGUUUUCAAAACAGAGCAAAUGGACAGAAAUCAGACAAAGAAGAUGGGGAUGGUAAUUCAGGGAAAUCUUCAAAUAAAAUUCAAACUUUUACCAAAUUAUUCACUAUUUUUUCACCACUUUUAGGACUAAAAAUUGUUACCAUGUUUCAUAUUUAAGCGUAUUUUUAAUUUUUUUGUUCAUUAUUUGUUUUAAAGACAUGAUUUCAUAUUUAUUCUGAAGAAAGGAAAGCUGAUAUGUAGGGCUUAAUACCAAGACAAACCACGCUCUCUUGUUUGGUUACUAGUCCAGUCAAGGUUAUUGUAAGUAUAGUACGUUAUUGGAUCUUUGCGCACGCAAAGAAUUAUCUGCUACAAGAAAACUAACCUCAAAUUAAGGUAGGGUAAUCAACAGUAGUUUGAAUCACACUAUUUCAUUUUUCCAAGAGGGUUGGGAGAGCCAAGCUAAUGGGAUGAUAUAUUUAUAAUAAUCAUCGUCAAAAACAGUAGAUUCCAAAUUCGAAAAUUUCAAUUUUUUAAAAUUAGAUAUUUAAACCUCGGGUUCAGCUGCUCGAUAACUUGCUUCGGUUCCCCGCAACAUCCCUUCCCCAAUAAAACUGUGGAAUUAUCAUUCUAUUGUAAUUUGUGUUCGAUUAUUUACUGACUGGAAAAAAUAAACUUGACUUGACUCGUCUGGUUACCAAGUUAGUUUUGGACUUGACACCCAGAUCCCCUGUGAAAAUAUCAUAGUUAUGCUGUCUAAGAAUUAAAGAUAUCACAGUCGUUUUACUUCAAUUGAUGUAGUCAUGGUGAUGUGAUGACCUUUGCCCAUGGCCCCCAGAAAAUCGCUUUGGGGCCCUCUAGUGGAACCAGUCAUCACUGUUUAUUUUACCUUCUAUUUAGCGUAGUUCAUAUGAUUCUAAAUUCAACAUGACAUUCUGAACUGUUUUUCACUGUAAAUGUUUUUAUUAUUCAAUCGCUAUCCUGUUUUUCAUUCAAUAUUGCUGCACUAUCUUAUCCAAGGAAGCACGCCCAUCUUGCCCCUAAAAACUGUAUUAUGAUUAUGCUAUAUUCUUGGCACUAUGAAAUUGAAACCUAAUGCUCCCAUUGAAAAUUUUUGAGGAAAAUAAUCAAAUCUUGCUUCAUAAUAUCUAAUAAUAGUUUAUUAGUAUACUUUACUGAACUUGAAAUUCAUUUAAAACUGAUUUUUCUCAUUUUUCUGACUUCUCAUUAUUGCUGUAUCAUUACUGUAUUGCAACAAGACCAUCAUGACCAACGUCAUUUCAA